UAUCCCGCAGAAGAAACUCUGUUCUUCCCAAAUUGAGAGAAGAUCGGAGAUUUCUGAGCGAAGCCCAUUCCGGGUUGUUUUGAGAAGGAUUGGGAGACUACAGUGAAGCGAGAAAGAUGCAGUUUAUACAACUUGAUGAAGGGUUGGCAAUUAUAGAUGAGGCGUUUCGGAAAGCAAGGAAGAUUGUGGAAGGGUACCCUGAGACAAAGUUCACCACUGAUGAAUAUAUGAAGUUCCAUGCAUGUGUGUAUACUUUGUGCUACAAGCCUGGGGAUGGCAACAAGGUAUUGCUUCAUGAAAAGUUUAAGGGGAACUUGGAAGAGACCAUUAAUUCCACGGUACUGCCCUCUUUAGCAGCUAAAGAAAAUGAAGCUCUGUUGAGGGAGUUUGUGCUGAUGUGGUCAAAUUACAAGUUAAUGGUCAAAUGGUUAUGUAGAUUUUUUGAAUAUCUGGACCGCUAUUAUAGCAGUUUUUGUUCUGGUGUUUCACUUGGUGAGACCUCAAUUGAUUGUUUCCGCAGUUUGGUCUUCAACGUGUUGCAUGGUAGAAUACAGGCAGCAACAAUGUCAUUGAUUAAUGAAGAGCGUUAUGGGAAGCAGAUUGAUCCAAAACUGCUGCAAGAUGUCCUGAGUAUCUUUAUGGAAAUUAGCAAAAACAGAUCGCUUCCGUACUAUGAAAACUUUGUCCAGGCAAUGCUUGAUGAAAGUGCUGCUUUCUACUCCCAUUUAUCUUCUCAAUGGGUGGCUUAUGACUCACUGACGGGCUAUAUUGAGAAGGUAAACUGGUGCAUGAUGCAGGAAAAAGAAAAAGCUGGCCACUAUCUAGAUCCGACAUCCGUGAUAAAAUUAUUACAGGUUUUGCAUUGUCAGUUGCUAGAUAUGAAUGCACUUAAAUUGGUUGAGAAGCUACAGGCUCAGAGCUCCAGUCAACUGGAUUAUCAGGAGAUAUUGUCGAAAUGUGCCGGCUUAAGUCUGGGAGAGGAGAGCUCUGCAUCAACUCUUGGGGAACAUCUUUCUGCUUUGAUGGCAAAAUCAGCUCAUAUUCAUUGAGUUUGUACAAAAUGACUAGGACAUGGGUAGUACCGUAGAAGCGAUUGAUAUUAUGGGGAGCGAGCAAAUGUCGACCCCUACUCAUUUGUCAGAUAAUGCAGAAUGGUUUUAUGAAACUUCUAAUCCUGUAUCGAGUUUUAGCAGUUGUGUUUAUACUGCUGGUGUGAA